AUGGCUCACAAGAGUUUCAUGUUCGAAAACACAUGGUUAACCGAAUUGGGCUUUAAGGAAUUUGUGGAUUACCAUUGGCUAAACUGUGAGCAUUAUGAUAUCAUAGAGAAAAUGGAUGCAUGUGGAGAAGAGAUGUUAAAGUGGAGUAAAAACCACUGUUACAAGGUUAGAAAGGAAAUUGACAGUAUUUGCAAGCAGAUUGAUAGAGCUAGGCAUCAUGUUGUUGAAAGAAAUUUCAAUUAUUUCACAGCGCUCAAACGAAGUUUGAAUUCUCUACUAAUUAAAGAUGACUCAUACUGGAAGCAAGGAGCAAAAGCUCACUGGAAUAAGGAUUGUGAUCUCAACACCCGUUUCUUCCAUAUUACAGCUACAGUGAGGGAAAAAAUCAACACUAUUAAAUCUCUCACGAAGGAAAACGGGGAAGUUACUAGUUCCACUGAAGGGAUGUUUAAAGCAGCUCAUGAUUAUUUUAUAGAUUUAUUUCAAAAGAAGCCAAGCUCUCGCGAUCGGGUCAUACAAGCUAUUGCAACAUCCAUUUCAGAUGAAGGUAAUUUUAUGUUGACAGAUGCUUUCACUAUUGAGGAAUUCAAAUAUGCUAUUUUCCCCAUGCAAGCUGAUAAGAGUCUUGGCCCUUAUGGUUCAAAUCCUGGGUUUUAUCAUCAAUUCUAG